GCAUUGAUUUCUAUAUCAAAAUUCGAAUUUCAACAACUAAGUGUAUCUCUUUCAAACAUUAUUAUAGUUGAUCAUCUGGCUUAAAUAUCUCCUUUAUCGAAGCUUUGGGUAGCGCGAAAACGGCUUAUUGUUGUGUUGGAUUUUCUUCAACGGAAAUCAGAAUUGAUUUAACAAUUCGAUUGAAAUGUCUUUGGGAAUACGUUCACGUUUAAAUUUCGAUGUGAGUGACUGUGUUCACACAUUAUUUUCUCCGCCAGAAAGAGGCCAAAAUUUAUUCAAUACAAUAGUAGAGGAAAAUCGGGAAAGCUUUAAUGUAACAGACACUUCGUUUGAUGUUGACGUUGGCCAAGAAUGGAGCUCAGAAUUGUUGACACCAACAUCCAGUGACUCAAGUCUGAGUUUUCUUGAAUCACCUCCUUCACCUCGAAGAUUUCCUUCAAAUCAGCAAUCAUCCCGUCGCAGCCCCACAAGCUCCCCGCCUUCCCUACGCGGUUUGAGACUUUUUGAUACUCCACACACUCCCAAAACGUUACUGGAAAGAUCAAAGAACCACGAUCAUCAACCACCAUCAAGUCCAGAUUUGCGUCAAUCAAGAUCGAGAAGAUUUGGACUUAGGACACGUAGACAUUUAGGAGAGAGGAAGAACUUUUCAGAACCACGGAAUCUUGGUUCUCACGGGCGAAUAGAGACAAACAUAAAUCCUUUCACACCAAACCACAAUGAAAGUUCAAUUCAGAAACACAAGCGUUGUCGCAUGAACUUCAAUGAUGAAGAUCUUUUUGAUGACAUCGAUAUUGAUGCUGAAAUCUUAGGAAAUCCAACAAAGAAACUUCACUUGCGAAACAACAACAUUUCAAGAUAUAAUGCAGAAUUUGUUGAACUAAAACAAAUUGGUUCUGGAGAAUUUGGUUCUGUCUUUAAAUGCCUCAAUCGAUUAGAUGGAUGUAUAUAUGCUCUUAAAAGAUCAAAGAAGCCAGUUGCUGGAUCUGUUGAUGAACAAAAUGCCAUUCGCGAGGUUUAUGCUCAUGCUGUAUUGGGACGACAUCCUCAUGUUGUGGGCUAUUACUCAGCAUGGGCUGAAGAUGAUCACAUGUUAAUACAGAAUGAAUAUUGUAAUGGUGGAAGUCUUGCUGAUGUUAUAGAAAAUAAUGAGUCUCAGAUGAAGUCAAUGUCUGAAGUAGAACUGAAACUAAUGUUGUUUCAAGUCUCUCAGGGUUUGAAGUAUAUCCAUUCACUGCAUCUAGCUCAUCUUGAUAUUAAACCAGGCAACAUAUUUCUGACUUCUGGUGCAGAAAAUGAUGAGGAUUGUCAAGAUGAUAAAAUGCAUAGUAAUAAACGUGAAGAAGUCAAAGUUCUAACAUAUAAAAUUGGUGAUUUAGGUCAUGUGACAUCUAUAAAUGAACCAAAAGUUGAAGAAGGAGACUGUCGAUAUUUGCCAGCAGAAAUACUUCGAGAGGAUUACAGCAAUCUUCCCAAAGCUGAUAUAUUUUCGUUGGCUUUAACAGCACUACGAGCGGGUGGAAUCAGCGAACUUCCUAAAAAUGGUCAAAAAUGGCAUAUGAUAAGACAAGGAAAGUUACCUUCACUUACACAAUGUAGUAAUGAAUUCAAUAACCUCCUAUUGAUAAUGUCUGCUCCAAACCCACAAUGUCGCCCAUCAUCUUCAGAAUUGACUAAACAUCACGUGCUCUGCCCAUUGGCAGAUAAAUCUAAGGAUCAACUAAGGAAAGAACUCAAUGCAGAGAAGUUUAAGAAUGAAGUUUUAAAAAGGGAAUUGGAAGAAACACGAGCAGCAAAUAAGGUCACCGAAGUAAAAAGUCGUACAUCAAAUGGACGACUAGUUGGACAGAGAGUGAAUAGAAGUAUGAGUUUGUCUGUUAUUAUGUGAAAGGUGUCAUUACUGAGGAUUUUAAUGAAUUGUAGACAAAUACAGUCUGACUUUGUACAUAGCUUCCACUCUUGUUUCAUUUUACUAAACUUUUUGCACUUGCAAUCAUUGUUCAUUUGCAAUGAUUGUUGAAGAUAUAAUUGCACCCAUUUGUCCCAUUUUAAAGUUCUAUGUUGAUUUUUUGUUCAAAGCUUUAUAUUUUUUUUUUAUCAAAUUGUGAAUUUUUUAAUAUUUUUAAUAAAAUGUGUAAAAUUACUUAUUUUUUAGUCAGGUUGUAUUGUAUUUCUGAUCAAAAACAUGACUCUCUCAAAUAA